CGUGUGCACGGACUGCGUCGCGCGGUCACGCGGUCGGAUCUGCUGUCACGAGCCUUAUCCAAGCCGUGGAGUGGAGGAGAAUUAGAACGGACAUCAAUUAUACAGCACAUUUUAUUUAUCAAAUUUAUUGUGUGGUAAAGAGAGCUGGGCUAUAGUUUCGUGUCGCAUGUUGGCUAUUAAACCCGCCUGCUAUUAAAUCCUGGCCAAUCGGUGAUGUAUUCCAGUAUUUGAAUGAUAUUGCUAGCAAGCUAGCUAGCUGUUAAACAAGCUUUGCGCUGCUUGACUCGAAGUAAUUUAACGUUAUAUUCUCGGACGUUAUUCCCAUUAACACAUCUGACUGCAUUUGUCUCAGAGACAGUUGGUGUUUUUAAUUUAAGUUAUUAGUACAGUAGGUGUUAUGCGCGUCGUUUAUAAUCCUAGCCAGAUAAGGAUUGAAUGAAAUAACGUUAGCUUGUCAUAGCCAGCGGAAACGAGCCAGUUAACAGGGAUAACGUUAAAUUAUCGUGCUGCUGGUUGAUCCACCACCAUCCAGCUAAUCUAGCAUAUGCUAUCUGAGGUAACGUAGCCACCCACAAGCAUACCGUGAGCUUGUUAGGUAACAGUCAAUCAUAUAGGUGUAGCAAACGACUGGAACUGCGAAUUAACUAGCUACUACCAAACGUCAGGUUGGCCAUCUUCUACACCAGUCCAGUGUAAAAAGCUGAGCGACGUCCGUUCGUUUCGACUGAGAACGUUAAGACCGGAGUGAGGUCAAACAUCUGCGAACAUGCCGGCUGUGUCGAAAGGAGAUGGAAUGCGCGGUUUAGCCGUUUUUAUUUCGGACAUAAGAAAUUGUAAGAGCAAGGAAGCUGAGAUCAAACGCAUCAAUAAAGAACUGGCCAAUAUUCGCUCCAAGUUUAAAGGGGACAAAGCUCUUGAUGGCUACAGCAAGAAGAAAUAUGUCUGCAAGCUGCUCUUCAUCUUCCUGCUCGGCCAUGACAUUGACUUUGGACACAUGGAGGCAGUCAACCUGCUGAGCUCCAACAAGUACACAGAGAAACAGAUUGGCUACUUGUUCAUCUCAGUGCUGGUAAACAGCAACAGUGAGCUGAUACGUCUGAUCAACAACGCAAUCAAGAAUGACCUGUCCAGCCGUAACCCCACCUUCAUGUGCCUGGCGCUUCACUGUAUUGCGAAUGUGGGAAGCCGCGAGAUGGCUGAGGCCUUUGCCAGUGAGAUCCCUCGGAUCUUGGUUGCCGGUGAUACGAUGGACAGUGUGAAACAGUCAGCUGCCCUGUGUCUGCUGCGGCUCUAUAAGACCUCUCCUGACUUGGUGAUGAUGGGUGAGUGGACAUCACGCGUGGUGCACCUGCUCAAUGACCAACACAUGGGUGUGGUGACAGCAGCCAUCUCUCUCAUCACCUGUCUGAGCCAGAAGAAUCCAGAUGAGUUCAAGACCUGUGUUUCCCUGGCCGUUUCCCGACUUAGCAGGAUUGUCUCGUCGGCCUCCACUGAUUUACAGGAUUACACCUACUACUUUGUCCCGGCACCUUGGCUCUCCUGCAAGCUGCUGCGCCUGCUGCAGUGUUACCCUCCACCAGAAGAUGGUGCUGUCAAGGGCCGUCUGGUAGAGUGUUUGGAGACCAUCCUCAAUAAGGCACAGGAGCCACCCAAGUCCAAGAAGGUGCAGCACUCCAAUGCCAAGAAUGCUAUCUUGUUUGAGGCUAUCUCACUGAUAAUACACUAUGACAGUGAGCCAAACCUGCUGGUGCGAGCCUGUAAUCAGUUGGGCCAGUUCCUGCAGCACAGGGAGACUAACCUGCGCUACCUGGCUCUGGAGAGCAUGUGUACUCUGGCCAGCUCUGAGUUUUCCCAUGAAGCCGUCAAGACACACAUCGAGACCGUCAUCAACGCCCUCAAGACUGAGAGGGAUGUGAGUGUUCGACAGAGGGCAGCUGAUCUGUUGUAUGCCAUGUGUGAUCGCAGCAAUGCCAAGCAGAUCGUAGCCGAGAUGCUCAGCUACCUUGAGACAGCAGACUAUUCAAUCAGAGAGGAGAUGGUGCUAAAAGUGGCCAUACUUGCAGAGAAGUAUGCUGUGGAUUACUCCUGGUACGUGGACACCAUUCUCAACCUCAUCCGCAUUGCUGGCGACUACGUCAGUGAAGAGGUGUGGUAUCGCGUCAUUCAGAUAGUCAUCAAUCGAGACGAUGUGCAGGGCUACGCUGCCAAGACGGUCUUUGAGGCCUUGCAGGCCCCUGCCUGCCAUGAGAACAUGGUGAAGGUUGGAGGCUACAUUCUGGGAGAGUUUGGUAACCUUAUUGCUGGUGACCCACGCUCCAGCCCCCUGGUUCAGUUCAAUCUUCUCCACUCCAAGUUCCAUCUGUGCUCCGUGCCGACUCGUGCCCUGCUGCUGUCGGCUUACAUCAAGUUUAUCAACCUGUUCCCAGAGACGAAGGCCACCAUCCAAGAGGUGCUGCGCUGCGACAGCCAGAUUCGCAACUCGGACGUGGAGCUGCAGCAGCGUGCUGUCGAGUAUCUGAAGCUUUCUUCCAUCGCUAGCACCGAUGUCCUGGCCACUGUCCUGGAGGAGAUGCCUCCCUUCCCAGAGAGGGAGUCAUCAAUCUUGGCUAAGCUGAAGAAGAAGAAGGGUCCUGGUGCUGUGUCUGUGACAGAACUGGAAGACAACAAAAGGGAGGGCGGGGAGUUGAAUGGAGAGGGCGACCGGGGUCCAGACCCAGCAGCCAUGGCUUCCUCCAAUGCUUCCACCCCGUCACCAUCAGCAGACCUCCUUGGGAUUCGUUCCGCUGCUCCUGUUGGUGCUGCUCCAACCAGCGUUGGCAGCCUAUUGGUGGAUGUGUUCUCUGAGGCAGGGCCUGCUGCACCUUCUGCCGCUGUGAACGAUGACGGCUUCCUAAGAGAUCUGGAACAGCCCACCGAGACCUCUGAUUCCCUAUUGGUGGAGGGUUCUGGUGACUCGGACUCUGCUUCUCCCUCUGAGGAUCCUGCUCCUCCUCUGUCUGAGGCAGACGAACUUCUUAACAAGUUUGUAUGCAAAAACAAUGGGGUUCUGUUUGAGAAUCAGCUGCUACAGAUUGGCAUCAAGUCAGAGUAUCGUCAGAAUCUGGGGAGGAUGUACUUAUUCUACGGUAACAAGACUUCAGUGCAGUUUGCCAGCUUCACCACCACAGUCAGCUGUCCUGGGGAGCUGCAAUCUCAGCUCAAUGCUUCAGACCAAACCAGUGGAACCACUGGUAGAGGGUGGAGCCCAGAUCCAACAGGUACUCAACAUAGAGUGCUGACUGACUUCUCUGAUGCUCCGCUGCUUAACAUCAAGUUCAGAUAUGGUGGAGCUCUGCAGAACCUGACCCUCAAGCUGCCUGUCACCAUCAACAAGUUCUUCCAGCCAACUGAGAUGACAUCACAUGACUUCUUCCAGCGCUGGAAACAGCUUAGCCAACCUCAACAAGAAGCACAGAAGAUAUUCAAGGCUAAUCACAGCAUGGACACUGAAGUACUUAAGGCUAAGCUGCUGGGACUAGGAACGGCCCUGCUGGACGAUGUCGAUCCAAAUUCAGAGAACUAUGUGUGUGCUGGAGUGAUCCAGACCAAGGGCCAGCAGGUUGGUUGUCUGCUAAGACUGGAGCCAAAUGGCCAGGCACAGAUGUACCGCCUGACUCUGCGUUGCAGCAAGGACUCUGUUUCCAGGCGUCUCUGCGAGCUGCUCGCCGAACAGUUCUAGAGACCAGACCUCCACCGUAACCAGUACUCCCACCAUCCCCACCAGCGACCUCUCCCACGAGCCCUCCUGCCACACCUCUCCUCCUCCCUCCAACAAAUAAUCUUUGAGUAAAAAAAGGUGUAACCUACAUAAGGGAAAAAGCAGCCACUGCUAGCAGCAGCUGGCAAUAUUGUUGUCAUCAUUCUUGUCCCGGAUUCUGAUUCGUGUGUGUGUGUGUGUGUGUGUGUGUGUGUGUGUGUGUGUGUGUGUGUGUGUGUGUGUGUGUGUGUGUGUGUGUGUGUGUGUGUGUGUGUGUGUGUGUGUGUGUGUGUGUGUGUGUGUGUGUGUGUGUGUAACUAGUAUUGAUGCAAUAUGUUUGUGUGUGAGAGAAAGAGGCUUUAUUUGAAUUGGUAGAGCAUUCCUUGAAAUCAAAUGGGUGAAUGUUUAUUACACAUAUGCUCUCAUAUCCUCACACACACACACUAGUAUAAAGCCUCCAUGUUUCCUUGUGGUUCUGGUGGGAUACACUAAUGAUGUGAGACCUGAGGGUCCAGAACUCUGAUCUCUGCCAUUUCUGCCCACUCAUUUCUGUCAAGCAUUCCCAGUGAAAAGGCACUUAAGGCACUGGGAUCCUCUUUGAGACCCUCCAGCAUGAGCCACCCUUCUUUCCCCCUGAAUGACCCAAUUCCUCUCUUGGACGCCCUGUAAUGAGUAGCCUUUCAUUUCAAAGAAUUAGUACACUUGUUGAUGUUAUUGAUCUGUAUGUAAAUAUGUGCCAGUGUAUUAUUAUAUCGCUUUCUAAAACAUUCCCAUCUUGA